AUGUUUUUCGCUCCCCUUCUGGCUCUGGGCCUGAGCAGUGUUGCUCUCGCCCAGAACAACACGGCUAUCCCCAGCGUCCCUGGGCCUGCGGUGACUCCCCCUCCGACAACCCCCAACCCCAGCAAUGGCUUCCCUGCUCGCGUCGGCGACUACCAAUUCUACGGAUGCGUGGGAUCUUCCAAGAACUUCCCCACCUUCGAGAAGAUUGGCACCAACCCGCAGAUGGACCUUGAGCUCUGCGCUGCAAGCUGUGGAUCCCGCUUCUUCGGUGUUGCUGGAACUGACUGCUGGUGUGGCAAGGACAUUGACAGCGUUGGCACUGCCCGCGUUCCCAACAACGUCUGCUCCAUCCCCUGCCCCGGCAACCCACAGCAAUACUGUGGUAGCCUCGUUGGUCUCCAGCGUCGCCAGUUUGUUCCCAACCUUGUCUACCUGACUGUCUACAUCCGUGUUGAGGGCAUGGAGGGUGGCUUUGUCACUACUACCACCACCGCCACUGACACUACCACCACCACCGCCACUGCCACAACCACCGUCAUCAGCGGCACGACCAUCACUGACACCGUCACCACCACUUUCGCGACCACCGUCACUCCUUACCCCCCUCACCCAACCUACGAGCCCUACCCUGGCAGAGUCAUCAUCUGCUACGGUGACUACUGUCUUCCUCAGGGACCCUGCAAGAGCGGUCACUGCGAGCGCGAGCGUAUUGUCUGCAAGGACGAGCACUGCUUCCCCGAGACCUGCAAGGACGACAAGUGGAACAGACUCGUUGAGUGCAAGGGCGACAAGUGCCACUACCCCGAGUGCAAGGGCGAGGAAUGCAAGAAGAAGGUUACCUGCUACGACGGAAAGUGCAUCAAGGAGAAGUGCUUCGGUGACGAGUGCGAGAAGAAGGUCGUCUGCCACGGCGAGGAGUGCCACCACAAGCCUUGCAAGGGUGAGGAGUGCUACCGCAAGGAGGAGUGCCACGGCGAGAAGUGCAAGCCCGUCCCCCACUGCAAGGAGAACUGCCCCGUUCCCAAGCCUCCCGUCUUCCCUCCUCCCUGCAAGGGCGACUGCAAGCCCAGACCUCCUCCUUGCAACGGUCCUCACUGCCCUCCUCCUCACCCUCCUUGCAACGGCGACAAGUGCCCUCCCCCUCCUUGCCACGGUGACAAGUGCCUUAUCCCUCCUCCUCACCACGAGAAGUACCCUUGCCACGGCGACAAGUGCCCUCCUCCUCCCUGCCAUGGCGAGGAGUGCCCCCCUCCUCCUUGCCACGGUGAGAAGUGCCCUCCCCCUCACCACGAGAAGUACCCUUGCCACGGCGACAAGUGCCCUCCUCCUUGCGAGGGUCCUCACUGCCCUCCUCCUCACAAGACCACCCCUCACCACGGCAAGCCCACUCCCGCUCCUCCUUGCUACGGCGAGAAGUGCCCCCCUCCUUGCGAGGGCCCUUACUGCCCCUCCCCCACCGGAGUGGCCCCUCCCGUCAAGACCCCCAUCAUCGCCGGCUCCGAGAAGGUUCUCCCUGCUCUGGGUCUCGGCGCCAUCGCCGGUCUGGCUUUCUUC